AUGGAGGCUACACACUCAGCCCCAGGGGAACCUAGCUCCCUUGCAGCCCAAGAAACACAUGACAUUCAGCUAGACCCAUCCUUUGUGGACAGGCUGAAGGUAGCCGCUGCUACUGCCAUCAUCAAGCAGAAACCUGCCACCAUGUCUGGAAAAGAUUAUGCCAAACAGCUGGCUGAGAGACUAAAAAAGAAAGAAGAUUCAUGGAAAGCAAAGGCUAAUAAUCUGGAGAUGGAGUUACUAAAGACUAAACAGGAACUCUUGCUGGCGAAAACAAAAACUUCUCUUCCUCACAGCAUAAAUGAGAGAGAAGCAGCAAACACUUCCCACAGUCACAGUGAAACAAACACUGAUGAGCCAGCAUUCCUCACUCCCCCUUCAUCAUCAGAAGAAUACCAUCACAUUGAUCACCAGAUGGCGCUCUCUAGAAACACAAAAUUCCUUCACAGUCUCUCGACCCUCUCUACACUAAGCAGGACAGAUGAUGACGUAAAGGUCAUGGAAAGGUCAUCAGAGAUCAUAGUCAACAGCGUGAAAUUUGCAGUAGAAUACAUUACAGGAAAAUCAAAAGGAAAGGCCCCAUGUCAUCAUCUGUCAUCUCGGAUGCUGCAGAAGGCAGCUGAUGCUAUCGUGAAGACCUUGGAUACCAGACUACCUUCAGGAUGCAGGGAUGAUGUAGUCUCUCUGGUAGGCGAGCUGGUAAAGAGUGUUUUAGAUGCGGUGAUAGAAAAUUCCAAGAUAUGCAAUACAUACUCUCAGAGAGAAUCCUGUUGCAUCCUCCUUCGUCUCUCAAAAUCAUCUCAUCUCCUUCCUACCAUCCUCACCGCCAUUCUGGAGAAACUUGAGAUGGUAUCCACCUCCCUACGCAAUAUCCGUCUCCAUGGCAACCACCUAGAUGUUCAGCUUCUUGAAAACUCUUUCUUCCUCUUCUCUACAAUGGAAGAUAUUCUUGUUUCUGUACAGACAUCAUCAUCAGAUGCAUCAUCUUCUAAGGGAAGCUGUAUGGAAGGUCAAGGAACUUUGUUUAGCAAAAAGGAGACAUCAUCUCAAAACAGAACUACCUCUGGUGAACAUUCAAGACACGUACCAUCUCCAAAUUGUGAUGAUGAUGAUAACACUGAAGGUCAGGAUGCGAGAGGGAAAUCAGUGAGAGGUAAGACUGGUAACCAAACACGGAAACUAAGCUUGGAACAGGGGUUUAGGACGAAUGUACAGCAGAGACUAGAGGACAGUCUUCUUCAUAUCUCCCAUGACUUUCCUCUCUAUGCUCAGUAUGUAUGGAGGCUGACUGGAAUCUUGGAAUUGAUGAAUGAGUAAGGAAUUUACUCUCUAUGUGUACUUCUUAUUCAUUAUGGAAUAAUUUUAUUUUGUUUGUCCUGUUGAAGGCAGAGAUAAUGUUUGACAAUAACUUGCCCAUUAAUGAAGUGUUCUUUUUCAGUUAACUACACUUGAAACUGCUAAUAU